UGGCUUCCAAACAAAAUUUUACUACACUACCACCCAAAACAUCCCACUCCGAAUCUCCGACUAACUCGUGCGUGUCACAGUCGGCAGAUUAUAUACAAGAUUACUACUCGUAGUGUCUUCGUCUGCCGCUCUGUUCACCACCCUCCAAAGGCCACACAGGUCUCGUCUCCUCUGCUCCAUCAGCCAUCAGGGCACAAGCUAGCCGAUCGUUAUAUUCUCUGGGAGUGCAGUUCAGUUGCGCAGCCGUGCAAGAAAGCGCAGGGUGCCAGCCAUGGAGUUGGAGGGGAGGCCGGCGCUGAUGCUCAAGGAGUGGCUUGAGCUGGAGUUCACCGCGGAGCUCUCCCGCGACGGCUUCGGGUGCUACCCGCGCCACCUGGUCGCCGAGCUCCGUACCACUCGGCGGAACGGCGACGUCAUCGCGAGGGUAUCCGCCGCGGUGAGGGCCGCGCUGUUCCAGCCGUCGGGAAGGGAGGGGGAGGUCGCGCUCGCCGGGAAUUCUCCGAGGAGGCUGCGUAUGGGCUUCUGGAAGAAGCGGAGGGGUGAGGAGGCGGUGGACAGGAGGGCGCCCAGCUGUUCACCGUCGACUACCGCCGGCGGGAGGAGGGAUGGUUCGUCGCCGGCGAUGCUGCCGCGACGACGGAACCCGGAGCGUGGCCAAAGCGUCGGUGCAGGUGCCGCCGGCCGCCGUAGCAACGAAACCAAGGUUGCGGGGCUCGAGGCGACGCCCCACUUGGAGCAGGAGCGAGAGCGGAAGCAGCGUCUGAGCCCGGUCUCUGUGAUGGAUUUCCUCAGCCAGGAUGAAGACGACGACGGAAACGAGGACGAGAACGGCGACGGCGUGGAUGGAGACGACGAGACCGCGUCGCCGACGUUCCAGCAAAGCAUAGCCAACAUUCGAAGAGCAAGUCAAGAGUUGCUUCAAAAAAUCCGGCAGUUUGAGCAGCUAGGUGAGCUAGACGUAUCCGACGUGGACGAUGCUACCACGGCCACGGAGGAUCUAAGCUACAACAUGUUGGAAACAGAUUCCAUAGAAGACAGUGACGAUGCGUCUGCACAGGGCAUACUAGACCUGCUAGAAGCAAGCUCCUCAGGAUCCAGCCACUGCUUUCAGAAGCUUCUGGUAGAUUUCUUUCGGGACGAUAAAACCCCAAGAAAUCUAGGCCGAGGAAAGGUGUUGCUGGAGACCGCUCAAGCAUGGCUGGAUGGGCAAAAUUGUUCAUUAAGACCAAUUUGGACAGUGGUGAAGACGGAGAUUGCGUCCAUCGAGCAGUGGAGAUGCCUCAGAGAAGACGAAAAGACUCUACUAGCCGCUGAUAUGGAGAGUGAUAUCAUCUCGUCGUUGAUCGGAGAAUUGGUUGACGAGUUAUAUUGACUACUCGCAAUGAGACGAUGACUGCUGAAAACUGCUUCGAAAUAUCGAGAUAAUUGGACCAGGCAACUUUGUCCCGCAACUUUCAUUUGGUGUGUGUAUCAUCGAAACAGAAGCACAUGUGAACUGUUGCAACCUUGCGGGGUAUCACAACGUAGUAUGUUGAUACAAUGAUGCUACAAUACUGGUGAUGUGUGAGUGCUUGUACAUUUGUGAAUGGUCCACAAUCUAUUGGAUAUGAAUCUUUUGCUUGGGAUAGGGCAUGAAAAGUUUGGCAACAUUGUGUUUCUGACCUAGAAAUUUGUAAUAAAACAUGUGUUCUUAUA